AUGAUGGGCAGGGGUCGACUAGCUGCUUCGCCUUGUUAUCUCCUUUUCCUAUGGGCUCUUCUCACCGCAUUUUGCGGAGCUUCCGCGGUUCGGUUCACGCUAGACCAAUUCGAGUGCCUGACCUAUUACGUGCAUUACGUCGGCGACGAAGUGCAUGGUAACUUCGUCGUCGUCAGUUCGCAAACGUGGGGCGAAUGGGAGUCCCUGGGCGUCGACAUUGUUGUGGAGGACCCCGACGGGUACCACGUGCACUCGUCACAGGGGCAGACGGAUGGCGUGUUUUCAUUUGAGUCGAUGCGGGAGGGCGACUACAAGGUGUGCUUCACCAACAAGUCGCCCAUCAAUGAGGAGAUUGUGUUUGAGCUGCACGUGGGCCACCACUUCAGCGAAAAGGAACUUGCCAAGGAAGGGGGCGACUACAAGGGCGACUACAAGGUGUGCUUCACCAACAAGUCGCCCAUCAACGAGGAGAUUGUGUUUGAGCUGCACAUGGGCCACCACUUCAGCGAAAAGGAACUCGCCAAGGAAGAGCACGUGGAGCAGACGAGGGACAAGGCGAAGAACCUGUACGAGCGGGUGAUGGUGCUGUCCAUGCAAGCCAAGUUCCGCCACUCGCAGGCUCAGAGGCUCAACGAGUAUCUCCCCAUUCGUUCCAACAUCCCCCCCCCGUCACUCCCUCCCACACCUCCCCUUGCACCCGCCCUCCUUUUCCCCACCUCCUCCCCCUCGCGCCCUGCCCCUUCCCCCGUCUCCCAAUUGUCGCGCCCUGCCCCUUCCCCCAUCUCCCAAUUGUCGCGCCCUGCCCUUCCCCCGUCUCCCCCUCCCUGCACCCUGCCCUUUACCCCACCUCCCUGCCUCUGCGCUCCUGGCCCUUCACCCAACUGCAGUGGCCAAGUCCACACCACAACAGGGACGCUUAUCCUCAAGACUCCCCGCUUCCUCAUGCACCCACUCAACCUUUCCUCCACCUCCCCCCCUCCUCUCUCCCUCCUCUCCACCUCAUUCCCCCAUUCCCAGUGGCCACCACAGGAAGGCUGGCCAACAAGACCACCACAGCAAGCAAGGCUCAUCUUCAAGACGCCCUCCCUCCUCAUGUGCCCCACCUUUCCCCCACCUCCCCCUGUACCUCUCGCCUUCCCCUCCACCCCGUUCCACCCGCCCUGUUUCCAUGCCCAGUGGCCAAGACCACCACAGCACGGCUCAUCGUCCCACACCACUGCUCCCCCUUCAUCUCCCCCUCCCUACCCUCUGGCCAAGACCACCACAGCGAGGCUAAUCUUUAAGACGGCCAUCCAAUCAGGCGCGCUCAUUCUUUGCAGCUCAAUCCAGGUGUAUCUGCUGCACCGCCUCUUCGAACGCAAGCUGGGAAGGUCAUUCGUCUGA